AUGCCUCGACUUCCACUCAGCAAAUCUUUUACAAAUAUGUUAGAAAAUUUGUCAGUUGAUGAUGAGAAUGCUUCAAAUAGUGAAAGCAAAAUGAUGAAAUUAAUACUAGAAAUGACCAAACAAAUAUUGACGCAAAGUAUCUCAAUUAUGGAAAAACAAAAAGCUUUGGAGUCUACGGUUACUCUACUAACUAAUGAUAUCAAAGUUUUAAAAUCUUUACAAGAAAAUUUUAAGCCAAAUAUGAAAGACCAUGAUCGUGAAUGUAUAAUCGAGGAUGAAGAUAAAACGUAUCUUCAAAUGGUAGCCAAGAAGAUUUUUGGCCUACAACCUACAAAAAAUCAAUAUGCACAAGGUGAUGACGAGGAAGAUCAAGAAAAUAAUAAGUCAGAUACAUCCGAAAAUGAAUAA